AUGCCAAACUCACAUCCAACGAGUCAUCAAACGUGCACGACGAGCCCAGCACACCAGCCCAACUCCUCCUCAACCUGCCGCACUUGUAUGCGCGUCAACAAGUUCCUGCACGACACCGCGGGCGCGUACCUCUACCACACCGUCCGCCUCGAUCACACACUCUUCGGUCCGUUCUUCCUGGGCGCCCUCAAGCUCCACAACCAGCUCUCGCACUGCGACUGGUGCGACGGUGAGGGCGGGGGCACUCUGGCUUGUGCCAAUUCCAAGUCGCGCAAGGCCCAACUCCUUAGCCAUGUACGCGUUCUCUCGAUUGGCUCGCACACCAGAAAGAGCUGCCAUGAGUAUGGAGAGCUGGCUGGCGCCCUCCUCACCCACCUGCGCACUCUCCGCAUCGUUCCCACCCCCGCCAGCCUCUUCUCCCUCGAGCGCUACUGCGACGACUCCCUCUCGCGUCACGGAUGUGCAUUCAUCUACCACAUCGAGGCCAUGAAGAUCAUCCUGCGCAACAUGGACGAGCACCAAACCAUGUACAGCGUCUUCAGGUGGAAGACCCUGCAGGCGCACCAGGAGAUCGUGCUGGUGCUGCCGACCGACGCCCGCCGGUUUGACGGCAGCAACUUCUUCUUGCGCGGGGACAUGGAAGACUCAACUGCGAGCCGCAGGUAUCUCUUCCACGACAGCUCCCGGAGUCGUGGAAGGAGUUCUCGACAUGCUGUACCGACCCCGACUGCAUCGCCAGGCGACGCGGACGCCUAUGUUCCGGCGCCUAUCACGCAACCGUCCCCACCAAGAAACAUCGUUGCCUCACUCCCGAUGGCAUUGUAG